AUAAUAUUAAGGUAGGCAUCCCCACCUUCUUCAUCAACACUUUAAAAACCCGAAGAUUCAGACACAAACGCUGCUAAUAGCUUCUGUUUCUUUCCAGCGACGAGGAGCAUGGGGUUCAAGGGGAAGCAUACGUCGUUUGUUUUCACUGAUUUCCUUCACCAGUGCGGCGGCUACGCCGUCAUAGACGGCGGCUUCGCGACGGAGCUUGAAGGCCACGGCGCCGACCUCAACGACCCUCUCUGGAGUGCUAAAUGCCUUCUCGUUUCGCCUCAUCUUGUCCGCCGGGUUCACCUAGAUUACCUUAACGCAGGAGCAAGCAUAAUAAUAACAGGAUCCUAUCAGGCUACGAUUCAAGGCUUCGAGGCCCAAGGUUUGUCUGAAGAAGAAGGUGAGAAUCUAAUCAGGAGAAGUGUAGAACUCGCACGAGAGGCUCGGGAUAUUUAUUAUGACAGAUGCACAAUAGAUUCUUCGGAUUUCAUCAGAGACGGAAGAUAUUGGAGACGCCCAAUUCUAAUUGCAGCUUCAGUGGGAAGUUAUGGUGCUUAUUUGGCUGAUGGGUCCGAAUACAGUGGGGACUAUGGUGAUACAGUUACUGUUGAAACACUUAAGGAUUUUCACAGGAGAAGGGUGAAAAUUCUUGUUGAUGCAGGUGCUGACAUAAUUGCGUUUGAGACAAUACCAAACAAAUUGGAAGCACAAGUAUUUUCCUAUUCUAUCUAUGUCAGGCUUCACUACUCUUCUUUGGAUGAAGAAGGCAUAGAUAUUCCUGCAUGGCUUUCAUUUAGUUGCAGGGACGAAAGCAAGGUGGCUAGCGGUGAUUCUAUCUUGGAGUGUGCUUCCAUAGCAGAAUCCUGCAAGCAAGUGGUUGCUGUUGGAGUCAACUGUACUGCUCCUAGGUUUAUUCAUGGACUGGUUUCUUCUAUUACAAAGGUUACAAGUAAACCUGUACUUGCGUAUCCCAACAGUGGCGAGACUUAUGAUCCCGAGACCAAGACGUGGAAGAAAAUAUGUGGGGUGGUACAUGAAGAUUUUGUUUCCUACAUAGGGAAGUGGCGUGAAGCUGGAGCUUCCCUCUUUGGUGGUUGCUGCAGAACUACUCCUGAUACUGUCAGAGGCAUAGCCAAGGCACUUUCUGGAAAAGCUUCUGAAGAUGAUGAUAAGUGAUAGUCUCAAGUUUCAAGAGACAACACAUAAGUUUUAGUGUUCUUUUUCUUUGUGAUGGAGGAAACGAGAGUGGUGCAGAAAGUGGUCACCUCUCUGUCUUUCACUAUCUUUUUCUGAUAUGGCAUGCACCAACAUGGAGAUUAUAUGUGUACUAGUUUACUAGGCCUGUGAGGUUUAGGGUACCAAUGACGAAGAUACAUUUUAUGUUCUAUCACCAGCCCUUCCUGAGGAUUUCUGCACACAAGAUUAUUCAAGAGAUUAGAGGUGAAAAUUUGGAUCAA